AUGGCUCCCUCAGACAAGAAGAUCGAGACGGAGCUUCUCAAGACCGUCCGUGAGGUCUUCGAAUCCGACAAGGAUGAGCUCACUGUGAACACCAUUCGCAAGCGCGUCGAAAGCGACCUCGAUCUUGAGGAUGGAUUCUUUUCCACGGGCGAAUGGAAGGACAAGAGCAAGAAAUUGAUCAAGGAACUCGCUAACGAACUACUCGCCGGGCCCGGAUCCCCGGAACCCGAGGAAGAAGUUGUCGCGAAACCGAAAAAGGGAAAACGUCAGUCGGCUGCGACGUCCCCGCCAGCGAAGCGCAGGAAGCGUGCAUCUGCCGCCAAAGAGGAGGAACCUGAGGACGAAGAGUCGGAGGUCGAGAAGCCGAAGGCCAAGAAGAAGGCAGCCCCGCGCAAGAAGUCGCGCGCCACCGUCGAUUCUGAUGAGGGGCCAAGCCCCGUCAAAGCGAAAACCUCCAAAGCCAAGAACGGACGCGCCAAAAAAGCAGAAAAGGUCGAAGACAGCGACUCCGAUGCGCUGUCCACCCCGCCCGAGAGUGACAAUGACAAGGCUGGGAGUGACAAGGACGAGGCAGAAGAUGAGAAGCUCAAGGCUUCUCCCAAGGCGCCGGCCAAGGAGAAGUCACCUGUCGAAGCUAAAGAUGAGGAAUCUGCCGAGAAGCCGGAAGCUGCCAACGAGAAGAAGGAAGAACACCCGACGCUCGAUGAUGACACGACCAGCGAAUUGUCUGACGUUAUAGACGAGCCGCCCAAGCCGAAGCGCAAGAAGAAGGAAGCCGGCGCUCCCAAGGCGCCAAAGGAGAAGAAGGAAAAGAAGGAGAAGAAGGCGGCCGCGCCGGAGAACCCGGACGACGCUGAAAUCAAGAAGCUACAGUCUCACUUAGUCAAGUGCGGCAUUCGCAAGAUUUGGGGCUUUGAGCUGAAGCAAUACGGCGACAAUUCAAAGGCCAAGAUCAAGCACCUCAGAGGCAUGCUGAAGGACAUUGGCAUGGACGGCCGGUUUUCGGAAGCCAGAGCUCGGGAGAUCAAGGAGCGCAGAGAGCUCGAGGCUGAUUUGGAGGCGGUGCAGGAAAUGAACGAGAACUGGGGCGCUGGUGGCCGAUCGUCAAGGAGCAAGGCGCGCGGUCAGCCGGCGAAGAAGGUUGUGGAACCAGAGCUCUCUGGCGAGGAGAAAGAGAAGGACGAUGAAGGUGACGAUGAUGAAGAGGAAGAGGCAGUUGUGUCGUCGCGUGCCCGUGGCAAGGCGCGUGCGGACCUGGCGUUCCUCGGCGACGACGAUGAAGAGUCGGAUUGA